AUGAAACUAGUAGCAGAAGGACAAUUCAGGCUUUGUGUUAUUCAGUCAAUACAUCUUACACCCUGGCUGCUUGUAUUUCUUAGUCUGAAGUCUGUGUGUUCUUUAAAGCCUGCACGACUUCCAUUGUAUCAAAGGAAACCUUUCAUAGCUGCUUGGAACACUCCCACAGAUCAAUGUUUGAUGAAAUAUAAGUUAAGACUGAAUUUGGAAAUGUUUCAGGUAGCUGGAAGCACACUAACCAAGGCUAGGGGUCAAAAUGUCACUAUAUUUUAUCCUAGAAGAUUGGGAUAUUAUCCUUGGUACACAUCUCAGGGGGUUCCCAUUAAUGGGGGUCUCCCUCAGAAUACAAGCUUGAAAGUACAUUUGAAAAAAGUGGAUCAAGACAUUAAGUAUUACAUACCUGUUAAAGACUUCCGUGGACUUGCUGUUAUAGACUGGGAAUACUGGCGUCCACAGUGGGAUCGGAACUGGAAUGCAAAAGAUGUUUACAGACGGAAGUCAAAAGAGCUUAUUUUUGACCUGCAACAGAAUGUGAAAGCUUCUGAUAUUGAAUAUUUAGCCAAAGCAACCUUCGAAGAAAGUGCCAAAGCAUUCAUGAUAGAAACCAUCAAACUGGGAAUUAAGAGGCGACCCAAAGGUCUUUGGGGGUAUUAUUUAUAUCCUGACUGCCACAAUUAUAAUAUGGAUGACCCAAGCUAUACAGGUUCAUGUCCCGAAGAGGAAGUUUUGAAAAAUAAUGAACUCUCGUGGCUCUGGGAUAGUAGCACUGCUUUAUAUCCUUCUGUUGUUAUCAAGAAAUCCCUCAGAAACAGUGAAAAUGUUUUGCACUUCUCAAAAUUUCGGGUGCAAGAAGCUAUGAGGAUCUCCACCAUGACAUCCCAUAAAUAUGCUUUGCCUGUGUUUGUCUACACAAGGCUGGGGUACAGAGAAGACCCUUUAUUUUUUCUUUCUCAGCAAGAUCUAAUUAAUACCAUAGGAGAAAGUGCCGCCUUGGGAGCUGCAGGCAUUGUUAUCUGGGGAGACAUGAAUUUAACUUUGUCAGAGGACAACUGUACCAAAGUGAAGCAGUUUGUGAGCUCUGAUUUAGGGAGCUAUAUAGUGAAUGUGAGCACAGCCGCUGAGAUCUGCAGCCUUCAUCUCUGCAGGAGUAACGGAAGAUGCGUAAGGAAGAUGUGGAAUGCUUCAGAUUACCUCCACUUGAGUAAUAAAAGCUACCGCAUAGAGACCUCUGGGAAUGGAGGAUUCACUGCGAAGGGAAAUGUGUCUGAUGCAGACCUGAUUGUGAUGAAACAGAAAUUUUUCUGUCAGUGUUACCAAGGACAUGAAGGGGCCAACUGUCAAGAAAUGAAGGAAGUUGAUGGAAGCACUGGGCUUUCCUCCUGUCCUGGCUUACUGAUGACACUGUGUUUGCUAUCCUUAGCAAGUUACCACAACAUUCAGGUGGGAGAUAAUGCAGGUUAA